AUGCGAGUCGCCGUGCAAUCUGAUGAGAUUGCUAGUGUCACACUGCACAGGCGGAGUCCGUUGCUACUUCAUGUGUAUGUGCUCCCGUUCUUGUUCUUGUACCCCUUGCUGGCCUAUACGUACUACGUGAAGUAUGACGAAUGGGUCAAAUCAGAGGAAUGGACUUUCGUGUACACAGCUGGACUAUUGACUGCGCAUGCUCUAACGUACUUGGCGACGCAUUGGUCAGUUCAGGCCAAGGCUCUCUUCACGUCAACAUCUGUUGACGCAGUCGACAUGGCAGACUAUGUGUGUGUACUCCCCCAUCCGCACAAAGGGGAGGGUGAAAUGUUGCGCCUUACUAGAGUAAGGCGCGAGAAGGAGCGUGAUGAAUAUUCGUUCGUGUACCAAGCAGACAAGUAUGUGCUUGCCUUUCCCGACUCGCAGGCGCCGCCUACCUCUAUUACUUCUUCAUCGGAUAUUCGCGAGCGCACUUUCCGCCGCGUUAUGUAUCCUCCAGAUGCACACAUGCCGAUUGGAGAUGUUCAAGAAUGCAAAGGACUAAAGGCUGAUAAGCUUGCGCGCGCGAAACGCAUCUACGGUGGUAAUGCAUUGGAUAUCCCGGUGCCUCGUUUCAUGGACUUGUUCAUCGAACAUGCCGUUGCACCAUUUUUUGUGUUCCAAUUGUUUUGUGUGGGUCUCUGGCUGCUAGACGAGUACUGGUGGUCGUCCCUUUUCUCGUUGUUUGGUCUCGUUGCGUUUGAAUGUACCGUGGUAUUCCAACGCCUUCGUACUCUGAGUGAGUUCCGUACCAUGUCCAUUCAGCCGUAUCAAGUCCAUGUUUACCGUGAUGGUCAAUGGGAAGAACUCUCUACGUCUGAAUUGCUUCCUGGUGACUUGAUGAGCGUUACUCGUACCAAGGCAGAUUCAGCAUUGCCUUGCGAUGUUAUCCUCGCUUCAGGCUCGGCUAUUGUGAAUGAGGCAAUGCUCUCGGGUGAAAGCACACCUCUGCUGAAGGAAGGUAUUACACUUCGUAAUAAGACGGAUAUUCUCAAUGACCAGGGCGCUGAUAAGCAGCACUGUCUGUUUGGUGGCACCAAAACCUUGCAAGUGACGCCUGGCGAGCCCCUUGAGGGUGUGCCUGCGCCACCAGAUGGCGGUGCUUUGGCUAUGGUGUUGCGCACGGGCUUCGGUACGACGCAGGGCCGCCUGAUUCGUUUGAUGGUGUUCACCAAUGAGAACCGCGUAUCGGCCAACAAUUGGGAAAGCUUUGUAUUUAUCGCUUUCUUGCUCAUCUUUGCUAUUGCUGCUAGUGCAUACGUAUGGGUAAACGGUCUUAAGAUGAACAGGCCGAAGGGCAAACUCAUGCUUGACUGUGUGCUGAUUAUUACGUCAGUUGUGCCGCCAGAGCUGCCCAUGGAGCUGUCUAUGGCAGUCAAUGCUUCGCUCGUCGCGCUUGCCAAGCAUGCCAUCUUCUGCACGGAACCAUUCCGUAUUCCAUACGCUGGACGGGUGGAUGUUUGCUGCUUCGACAAGACAGGCACUAUCACUGGUGAAGAUUUGGAAGUACAAGGUAUUGUCGGCACUACGUCGAAUGGCUCUGAGCCUCUAAGUGACACACUCGUGGAUCCUACACAAGCAUCCACAACAACGAAACUUGUUUUGGCUGCUGCACACUCUCUUGUUAUUGUCGACGACGAGGUUGUAGGUGACCCAAUGGAGCGCCGCGCCCUCGAAUCUAUCGGCUGGACUGUCAAACCAGGUGAUGUGAUCUGCUCGAAUGAAGCAAAAGGCUCGCAAGUAAAGAUCCAGACUCGCUUCCUUUUCUCGUCGGCUCUCAAACGUAUGUCAACAUUGAGCCAGUUGCCCUCGAACAAGCAACUGCUUGCUGCUACGAAGGGUGCUCCAGAAGUGCUGAAACCAAUGUUUGCUGUGCUGCCAUCAAACUACGAUGAUCUGUAUCGACAUUACACGCGCCGCGGGAGCCGAGUCAUUGCAUUGGGCUACCGCUGGAUGGAUGCAAGUGCGGCGCGUUCUAUCAAGCGGGAACAGGUGGAAUGUGAACUCCAGUUUGCAGGUUUCCUCGUGCUGCACUGCCCACUCAAGGCCGAUGCGAUCGAUUCGAUUCAGCAGCUGAACGAGUCAUCGCACCGCUGCGUGAUGAUCACGGGUGACAAUGCUUUGACAGCUGUCCGUGUGGCCGAAGAAGUGGAAAUCGUGGUACGCGAGCCAAUUGUGCUGGACAAGCGUGAGGGUGGUGAGGACCAUGAUCUGGUUUGGCGCACGACCGAGGACAAAAUUGUUCAUGAUCAAGAUGUGGACUGCGAUUUGCACCGACACCUGUUCGAUGAGUAUGACGUUUGUGUGACUGGUGCGGCUUUGCGUCAGUUUGAGACACAGCCUGCGAAGUUGCGUGAGCUCAUUGCCAAUACGGUAGUGUACGCGCGUGUAUCGCCAAACCAAAAAGAAUUGAUUCUCAGUACACUCCGCUCUCUCAACUACAUAACCCUGAUGGCUGGUGAUGGCACGAACGAUGUUGGCGCCCUCAAAGCAGCCAACAUCGGUGUGGCUUUGCUGGAUGGCUCAGAGGAAGAUCUAAAGAAGAUCAUGGAGCACCAGCGCCUGGAGCGUAUGAAGAAAGUGUAUGAAUCACAACUGAACAUGAUGGCACGUUGGAAUCAGCCCCCACCCCCCGUGCCGCCGGCGCUCAAGGCUGCCUACCCUCAGCUCGAAGAAGCACACCAAAAGGCCGCACGUAAGAUGCACUCGCAACGCGCGUCAAAUCCUAUGGCCCAGUUUGACUUGUCCUCCAUCACCUCUUCUAUGCAGGACAUGGAUGAUGAGGAAGGUCCGCCCCAGAUCCGACUGGGUGAUGCCAGCGUUGCUGCACCAUUCACAAGCAAGCUAUCCAAUGUAAAGGCAGUCUGCUCAAUCAUUCGUCAAGGUCGUUGCACGUUGGUGGCUACUAUUCAAAUGUACAAGAUCCUUGCCCUCAACUGUUUAAUUCAGGCUUAUGCGCUGAGUGUGCAAUAUCUGGAUGGUAUAAAAAUGGGUGAUUACCAGCUUACGGUGAGUGGUCUACUCAUUACGGUGUGCUUCUAUUGCAUUAGCCGUGGCAGGCCUCUUGACCGCCUUGCCCCUGAACGACCCGUCAGUACCAUCAUCAAUGUAUACGUGUUUGGAUCUAUUCUCUCUCAGACAGCGUUGCAUGUGGCAACAAUGAUCUUGAUUCAGCGCUUGUCCGUGGAAUUCGAGCACCCUGGCGAAGUGGAUCUCGAGGCUAAGUAUACACCGACCCUCCUUAAUUCGGGUGUAUACUUGCUCAGCAUGUCACAAAUUGUAUCGACCUUUGCAGUCAACUAUAUCGGUCGCCCGUGGCGUGAGAGUAUUCCGGAAAACAAGGCGCUCUACUAUGGCUUGCUAGGUGCGAGUGCGGUGGCAUACCUUGGUGCGCUGGAGCUUCUUCCUGAAAUGAAUGAGUGGCUUCAACUGGUCAAGAUGUCGUCUGAUUACAAGAGCUGGCUUAUCGGGGCUAUGUUUGUCGACUUUGUCGGAUCUUACCUGCUGGAAAUCUUUUGGAAACUGUUUGCCGACCUGCAGCCGAAGCCGCUCAUCGUGCAAGGGCAAAAGCUACGCACACAGUACAAGCAGAAGGUCGUUGGCUCCGACAAGAAGCGUGAUUAA